AACUAUAAACAACAUCAUACUGGACUUAGAAUUCACCUUUAUUUUCCACAACAAAGAAGGAAAAAAAAUAUGAAUCCAUCAAAACUUUCCUCUUGGUUGUUCACACUUUCCUUGAUCUUCAUUUCCCAAGCAUCAGCUGCCUUGUAUGAAGACGUUUGCAAAGCCGCGGCCGAAGACAGGGCCGGAUGCCUUAAAGUUCUGAAAGCCCAGCCACAAAUUGUCUUGGCGAAAAACGACAUGGAGCUAGCCAAAGUCAUCCUGGAGUUCGCGCUAAAAAAGGGAACCGAAGCUCAGAAUUACCUAAAGGAAAUGAUGAAAACAAACCCGAAACUAGCAGUUAAAAAUUGCGCAACUAUACACUAUGAUGAGGUUGUUGGAUCAUUCAGAAGUUCAUUAGGUGAAUUGGAAUCUGAUGAUACAAUAACAGCAAGCUAUGAUGCUAAAGUUGCUGGUGAUGGUGCUGUAACUUGUGAUGCUGAAUUGGCUAGUGCAAAGAUUAAAAUUCCUGCCAUUUCUGCUCUAAAUAAAGAUAUAAAGUUGAUUAGUAGAAUUGCAUUUUUAGCAACGGAUAGGCUUCCAGAAGAAUAAACUGUUAUGCAUGUAUUUGUUAAAAGUAUUGAGGAACAAAACUAUCACUUUUAUCAUUCUCAAUAUUUGACAAUGAUAUUUUAGUAAAAAUAUAAUUUUCUCUCUUCCAUUUA